GGAAAGUUGGCUCUCUCUCUCUCUCUCUCUCUUAUCUCUGUAUUUGACCAGCGAUAAGAAGAUGAAAAACGAGAGAUUUGAUUGGAACAAAGUCCCAACUUCCACAAGUCAAGAGAGAAAAUGAUGGAUUUUCCACCACUAACCUUCUAGAGUCUUUCGUUUUCCAAUACCAUGAUUUAAAAUCCCACUUCUUCUUCUUCGAGUUUCCUGGCCACCAUGGAAAAGCACCCAUCGGGCUUCGCAAUAAGUUUUUCCAUUGUCGCAUUCCUCACCCUCGUCUCCUUUGCAUCAUGUAUGGCUGCUGAAUUCAACAGAACAAAAAAGAAAGACCUGAAGUUGAGCGGCAGAUUCUGUUUCCUGCCUGAAAGUGAAGCAUUCAAAUUGGGAGUUGCAAGUUUGGUCUGUUUGGUGAUGGCUCAGAUCAUUGGAAACACCAUAAUCUGCCAUAGCUAUUGGCCAAAAGAGAAAAGAAAGAGUUGCAGCGUCAAAAGGCCUCUGCUUUCAACUACCCUUCUCAUCUCUUGGGUCAGCUUCGGAAUUGCGGUGGCGAUGAUGAGUGGAGCAACCAGCAUGAGCAGGAGGCAGGAGUAUGGGAAGGGGUGGGUGGAGGGAGAAUGCUAUGUGGUCAAAGAUGGAAUAUUUGUUGGCGCAGCCUUAUUGGUUCUCAUUAAUGGAGGGUCCACCAUAGGCUCGGCCGCCAUUGGAAGGAGGAGCCACGUCACUGGGCCCAGUCAAAUACAUGCACAAAUUGGAUAACACGAGAAGUUAUACAUCAUUGAAAAAUAUUUCCUCUUUUUUUUUCCUUUUUUUCUUGGCAUUUAUUGGUUGAUAAAUAUUUUUAAAAAUGC